AUGCAACCUUAUAAUUUAUUUUUUCCAAAUUAUCCACCUCCACCAAUACCUACUCGUGAAUCCAUAAUAAAUGAAGGUUUAAAAAUACUUCAACAAUCAAAAACUGAUCAAGAAUGGUUAAAACCUUGGUUUGAAAGAAAAAAAGAACAAAAACAAUUAUCUUCUAAUCGAAUUACAUUAUCUGAUUAUCGUCAGAAAUUAAUUCAACAUGCUCAUCUUCUUCAACAAUAUGAUAAUGCAUUAAAAAAUUUUAAUCAUAAAAUUUUAUUUGAAUUAAAAAUUCAAAUUGAACAAUCAAAUAAUUUUAUAUAUGAUUGUAAUAUUAUUCAAAAUAUUCAAAAACAAAUUUAUCAACGAAAAUUAAAACGUGCUCGUCUUCGUCGACAAAAAGAAAAAAAAUUAAUUCCAAAUAAAAAUAAUAUUAUUGAAGAAAAACUAAUAAAUGAAAAAUCUUUUAUUGAAAAAAUUCAAGAUAUUAAGUCAAUACUUCAAACUAUUGAAAAAUUAAAAUAUAUACGUCAAAAACGACAACAAGAUAAUAUUAAUAUUAUUACAACGACUAAUAAUACUGAUGAUGAAUUAAUAGAAAUUGAAAAUAUAUGUACUACUAAAUUAGAUGAAUAUAAAAUUGAAAUUAAAAAACAAUCUCAAUCUUCUGAUAUAGAAUUAUAUAAUUAUCUAUUUAAUAAUAAUAAUCAAUCAUUUUAUGAAUCAACAAAUUCUGAUGCUCAAGAUUUUCUACAAGCUCAUCAAAAUAUAAAUAAUUUAAUAAAAAUUCGACAAACAUGGGAUCAAUAUUCAACUACUCAUAUUACUUCUUUAGAUAAUAUAAUUCCAUCUCAAUGGCAUGAACCACAAAUUCCUUGUGAUUCUAAUUGGACUCGAUAUAUUUUCAAUAAAAAAGAAUAA